CGCCAUCCUGGUUUGCAGUUUUCGUUACCUUCAGGCAUGGCUCCUUGUGUCUUCAAACGUCUGCCCCAAUCUGUCAUCCCUAUAAGAUAUGAAAUAGAAGUCAAGCCAUGCUUCUUAAGCUUCAAGUUCACUGGUACAUUGUCUUUAUCUGUAUCUAUUGAAGAAGAGAGUUCGGAAAUAUUACUCAACGCCAAAAACAUUUCAGUAAGUAAAGCUACGUUCAAUGGAACUGAUAUUGAGGUCAUUGAGAAACCGGAAUAUGAGCAGGUUUCGUUCGUUCUUGGAGAACCAUUAGUAUCGGUGUUGGGGGAACUAAAGGUGGAGUAUACUGGUAUAAUAAGUGAAAAAAUGGAGGGUCUCUAUAGAAGUUCAUAUAUCUCUGAUGAAGAGGAGCAUUAUCUACUUUCUACACACUUUGAGGCUACUGGCGCUCGACAAGUAUUCCCAUGUUUGGAUGAACCAGAGUUCAAGUCAGUUUUCAGUAUCAAACUUCAUAUUCCUAAAGGAAAGACUGCUAUUUCAAAUAUGCCUCUCUUAUCGAAAGUAAAGUACGAUGAAAACAUAGUUACCUAUCAUUUCCAAGAUACUCCAAAGAUGUCAACAUAUUUGGUAGCUUUUGCUGUUGGAGAUCUUGAGUAUACCGAGGCUAUUGACAAAAACGGAGUUUUAGUGCGUGUGUAUUCGCGUAAAGGUCUUCAUUCAGAACAAAGCCAGAGUUCUAUCGCCCUAAAUGUGGCUUGUCAUUGUUUGCCAUUCUACGGGGAAUACUUCGGCAUUAAGUAUCCAUUACCCAAAGUUGAUUUACUUGCAGUCCCUAAUAUGUGCGGCGGUGCAAUGGAAAACUGGGGAUUAAUAACUUUUCGUGAAAGAUUUUUAUUAGCUAAUCCACGCACAUUGUCUCCAGCAACAAAAGAAGCCAUUACAACCAUAAUCAGUCAUGAAAUAGCCCAUAUGUGGUUUGGUAAUCUCGUUACGAUGGAAUGGUGGACAGAUUUAUGGCUUAAGGAAGGAUUCGCAGCUUGGAUAGAAUACUUUUGUUCUGAUCACUGUUAUCCCGAAAUGGAUAUUUGGACACACUUUUCAUAUCAUCGGCUAUCCUCUGCAUUACGUCUAGAUGCACUAUCUAGCUCACAUCCGAUAGAAGUGGAAGUUUCCAAUCCCAAUGAAAUUAAUGAGAUUUUCGAUACAAUAUCUUAUUGUAAAGGUGCUAGUCUUAUUAACAUGCUGCAUGGAUAUUUAGGUGAUAGUAUAUUUCGUUCAGGAUUAUCAUUUUACCUUAGAAGACAUGCUUAUUCUAGUGCAGUUACAGAUGAUCUUUGGUUCGCUUUAACCUCAAGUUGUGGCACGAAUAUUGGUAGUUUAAUUGGCCCAUGGACACGGAAUACCGGAUUUCCAGUUUUAUCUGUCUUACUUGUUAGCAUAAAUAACACUUCUUUAGAAGUACAAUUAUCACAAGAGGAAUAUAAACUUCAAUCAAAAUAUACACAAGAGAUCAAACUCUGGCCUGUACCAAUAACCUUAACCUGUUCUUCAAAAGAUGGAAAACAUUCAUUCGUAUUUAAACAUGUUCUAAGGACAGCAUCAGAAGUAGUAGAUAUACCUCUUGCUUGGAUCACGACUACUAACCCUGACGAUUAUUUGAUACGGGCCAAUGCAGACGCAACAGGAUUUUAUCAUGUAAGAUAUGAUCCAAAGCAAAUGAAUAGUUUAUUGGAUGAUAUGAAGUUGGGUGGAUGGAGCACUUCUAGUCGCUUCGUAUUUAUUAAUGAUGGAUUCGCAUUAGCUAAAGCUGGUUACAUUAGUGUUUACGAUUGGCUUAUACUUUUGCCUAAAUUAAUAGAAAACGAAAACGAAUACUCUGUGUGGCGUGGUGUUCUAGAUGGUCUUAAUACUUAUAUUAAGAGAAUAAUACAGUCUAGUGACAUUCCUUCUUCACUCUAUAAUAGUUUCUUAUUAAAAUUAGUAUAUCCAGUAAUAAAUAAAUUGGGUCUUAUUACAGAUUGUCAUUUCUUGCCACAUAAUACAAGUAUGCUCAGAUCAUUAAUGUUAUCUGUUGCGGGUGCGGAAGCAGAAGAUAAUAAUGUGAUUGAGGAAGCUAAACGACUUUUUGAAGCUCAUCGUUUAGGCAAGAAAGAAUUACCAAAUGAUUUACGUAAAGCAAUUUACACAAUAGCUGUACGUCAUGGCUCUACAGAUGUAAUUCAAUAUCUUAUGAACACGUAUAGUCGUACCGACUCACCUGAAGAACGUCAUCAUAUUCUCUUGGCUCUGGGUGCAGCACGUGAAACUAAUUGUAAUGGCCUUAAUGAUUCAUCUUCUUCGUCGCCUUUAUCGGAUGUUUUACAUUUUUGUUUGAAUCCAAACGGUCCAAUAAAAGAUCAAGAUAGAGUUCAUGGACUGGUCGCUUGUUCAUCGUGGUCUAUUCCAGCUAGACUAGCGACAUGGAAAAGUAUCACCAAUGAAUGGAGUAGAAUAACCGAAUUGUAUGGUGGUCAAUUCUUAUUGCCAACUCUCUUGGAAGUAAAGAAAUAUUUUGUUAUUACCACAACAUUUGUUUUAUGAUAUACUAUUGAUGAUGAUAUACCAGAAUGUUUUAUCAGGAUUCUCAACAAAAUCUCAUAUAUCAGUGAUCAAAGAAUUUUUCGAUGCGAAUCCGGUUUGUUGCACGCGUACUUUAGAUCAAAUUUAUGAAACUUUGUCUAUAAACCAAACUGUUCUUGAACGUGACAGUCCAUUAAUAGCUAAAGCAUUGAAUACUUUGUGCAGUACUUUUAAUUAAAUGUACUACAUAUUUUCCAAGGUAUAAAUCGUAUGUGGAGAAAACUUAUAAUUCUCUGUUUACACUUUGAAAAAAACAUGUUUCUAAAAAUAAACGUAUCUGUAUCCGC